ACUACUACUACUACUGUAAAUUGUAACAAACGUGAAACGUGUUUCUCAAAACAUCUUUCUUUUCGUGUUAAUGUGAAGAAAAGCGUUGAAGAAUUGCUUUCAAAAUGAAGAUGAAAGAAUUGAUGACCGACCUUUGGAGUAAUACUCCCGUAGAAGGUGUAAGGAAAUUCAAUACUCACAUAGCAAGUUGUGAAGACAAGAAAGGCUUCAUUAAAUAUUUUUUUAAAUAUUCUUGGUGUAGUGAAAUUCUAAGGCCAUUUGGGAAGCCGUCUAUUAAGUAUGGUCAGCUUAAAGCCAUAGUGGAAUGCCUCACAGCUGUACUUACCAAUUUGUCUUUAGACGUUGAUAAGCACAAAGAGGUGGCAUUGAAAAUAACUGUUCAUCUGCUUGAGAAAAAAGGAGCAAGGAUGCAAGAACUACUCAUGGAUGGAAGAGCAGACAGGAUUAAAACAGGUCUUAAAUGUCUUAAAGCUAUGGCUUGCACUGGAGGAGAGCAGGCAUGUAAGGUCAUUGAAUUCUUAGCCAAACCACAUGAGUGCUUCAGCAAAAUUGCCAAGCAUUUUGAUAAUACUGUCCGUGAAUGCUACAUAGAACUACUUUUUUAUUUUCUAACUUCGGAUAACCCUCAUAUAUUGGAUCAGUUUCUAAUGAAACCAGAGGUAUUGCUGAGCAUCUUUCCUGGCCUCAGGUAUAAACAAAGUGAAGAGGUGUUGCUAAUUUUAAACUCACUAUAUAAACAUAUAUUGAUGAAUCCAAAUGUAACUAAAAAAAGAAAAAUUCUGAUGUUUACACCAGAAACUGUAAGGCAUCUUAAGAAUUUAUAUUCAUGGGUGGGACCCAGAAAAAAGCUUCCUAAAUCAAAAGAUGAAACAGAGUUGCCUAAAUCAAAAGAUGAAACAGAGUUGCCUAAAUCAGAAGAUAAAACAGACAAUGAAAAUGAGGAAGCAGGAAAAGAAAUAACGAGAACAGUGUUCAAGUUUAUCUUAACUCUUUGUUCAUCACAUGAGCAUGGCCUUGUUAUGAGAUCAAGUGGUUUCAGAAGAAGUGGACAUAAUUUAAACAGUAGCAUAUACAAAAUCAUAUCUGAUAUGAAUAAGCCAUGGGAGACAACUGAUGGAGUACUCCUGAUGAGUCAUGCUUUUGCUGCUUGCCCUGAACUCCUUCCAAAGUAUCUUGACUCACUCAAAAAUUUACUCUUCCCAAGGUCGUCUGUUGCAUUUGUAUCACUGAUGGAAAUGUUGGUUGAAAUUGUGAAGCUUCAGAAGCCUUGGCAGUUAAUGGAAUCGCAGAAAUGGCAAAGUGUUGUAUCGUGCAUUUUUCCAGGUUUUCCUUUGAAUCAGAAUUUUUAUCUCAGGUUGUGCCAAAGUGAGCACAGGACAGUCAGGUAUGUUGGUUGCACUUUGAUGCUUGCUGUUCUUAGGAAAACAAAAGAAACCAAGGAAGAGCUAAAAAAAUUGGGUCUUCCAAAUGAUGUACUUGAAAAGGUUGAGCAGAAGUUUACUAAGGAAGUGUCAAAUACUUUUGGCAAACAAAUAUUAAAUUCAUUGACUGACUGUUGGAAGUAUACUAUAAAUAGUACCUGCAGUAAUAGAAGUGAGGAGGAAGAAAACCCCAAGAUUGAAGAGGGGGAUGUUAAUAUACAGCUUACUGAUGAAAUUCUGAUUAUUGCUGAAUUUCUUAAUCAUUACUCUGAUAUCUUAGCUUCCCCUGUUGUUGAAGUUUUAUGCCCACUAGAUGUACUCAACACAAUACUGUAUGUAAGCAGUCUAAAGUCAGAGGAGCUUACCCGAAGCAGAUCUGCUAAGAAGGAUUUUUGGGUAGCUUGUUUAGACUUACUCUACAAGAUCAUCAGCCAAAAAAAGUUCACUGUAGGUGUUGAAAAUUUGGAAGAAAAUAUAUAUCAUGCUAUUAUCAAAACAAAUUCUCAUUUUCUUAGAAGUUCUGAGUUUACCUCGUACUGUACUAGAGAAAACAAAGAUGUAAAGUAUAAUCUAGAGGAUGUAUUGUCAGUUGCUCUUGACAAAACAGGCAUUACAGAUGAUGCUGAAAAUAUUAGAUACUGGUUGAAACAUAUCACAGGCCCGAAUUAUGUCAAACUGUCAACCUUUUUAACCCACAUUAUUCAACAGACUGUGAGGUCAUACAAUCAUUAUACAGAUUAUUUGAUAGAAUUAAAGGAGAAAUUUACAAAGCAAGGUAGCCUACCAUUUUUGGUAGAUGUAGAACCUGUUAUUUUUGACAAUAAACAGGUUCCAGUUAUUCUUGGGUAUAAUAAACCAUUUUCUAGAUUUGUUCUUGCUGCUGUUGAUCUUUUAACUGCAAAUCCAGAUGAUGAAUAUAAACAGUACUUCUCAUCUGUUUUGAGCGACUGUAUUCAUUCUAUGUAUAAUCCAGGCCUUCUGGUGCUUUUCCUUAUAGAAAAGAUUUCGCUAAUUAGUGAUGAUCUAAAGACUUACCUUUGGCACUUUGUCAGUCACCCUGAACUGCCAAAGAAUGAAUCACGGGAAGUUCUUGAAGAAGCAGAUCUUACAAAAGUCUUGAAAAUGUCAUUCAUGGCACAAGACUUUACAUCAUUAAAUGCACUUUUAGAUACAGAGAAUAUUCAGUAUGCAGUAAGAGGUAACAUGCGUCUCAUUGUGCUACAAAUACUUUUAUAUUUGUUUGUUGAACGUGAAAGGGCAAAUGUGAAAGUAAUCCCAGUCAGCAAGACUUAUGCUGAAAUUUUGAAGAAGCUGUAUGUAGCCAGUGAUGAAGAAAAUGGUGUAGUUGUCAUUAAAACAGUUUUGGAACAUCCGAGGGUAUUAAAGGUGUUUACUCCAGCUGGUUCUAAUAAGUCUCCUAUCACGUCAUUAACUCAGUACUUUAUUGGGACAGUGUUUGAAAAAUAUCCAGAUGUGAGUUUGUAUACUUAUCCAUAUUAUUUGAAAAUGCUGUCAAGUUUGAAAUCUGCAUCCAAGAAGGGGCCAUUUGUUAGGAUCAGUUCUGGAUUGUCCCCAUUUGUGAACUCUGAAAAUACAAUACUGAGCUAUGAUGAUGUUGAAGAAUUGUGUUUGGUUUGCUUGAAACUUCCUGGUAAUUUGUCUACAUCUUGUAGCCCCGUGCUUUACCAGUUAGUCAGCAUAUUGCAGAGUGUGACAACACCCAGGAAACAGCCCCAGGAAGAGACGGUGCACCUCCUGUUCAACAAAUAUUUGGAAUGGACUGUGAGUAAGAAAGGAGGAAAGCACAAGAGCCGCAAUAAGCUUCUGGUAGUUAUGGAAGAUUUUCUGCCUCGGAUAAUGACAACGAAGAUAGCACAACAAAUUACACAUGGGGAGUUACAGAGACUGCUUCAUUGGGGACCAAGGUCUGCUGAUAUUUGUUGUCAGUUGAUAAAGUUACAUCAUCCUCAUGGGGUCUAUUUUGCCUCAAGAAUAAAAGAGAACAUAGAAACCAUCCCAGAUCAAGCACAGCUUAUAAGCGUCCUUUUGGGUUGUGAAGAGAGCAAUAAUAUUGUUCGGGAAGUACUUCCAAAAUUACAUGAACGUGUCAAAGAAUGGUCAUUGACCGUGACAGAUGGAAGUGAAUACUUCGAAGAGUUAUUUUUGGAAUGUCUGAAAGCAGGUGUUUUUGAUUCAGGUGACCUGAUUGACAUAUAUCGUAAGACGUAUGAACUGACAGAUAAAAAGGUUCUUCCACGGAGAAAGCUUACUUACCUCUUACCAGUAUAUAAGAAAAUAAAUGAAAAUCCAGUGUCAAUGUCCAAGUUGCCUUUCAAGGAUAGUGGUGUAUGUCUGCUACAUAUUUUGUUGAACGUAAUGAGAGCAGGGUACAAAAAAGGAGGAAAGAAUACUGCAUUGAUGCUCAGUUGCUGUCAUCUGGUGGAAACAGUUUUACCAGAAGUAGACAGUGAUUUGCUGAAAGUCAGCUUUGCACAAAACAAAUUUUGGUUCUUCCUAGUUAAGCAGGUUCUACGGCAUGGUUUGAUUGAUGUGAAAGCUGGGCCAGUGAUGAUCAAUUCCCUUGUCAUUUUAAUUAGGGCUAUGUAUAUCAAUUUAUAUCAAGUUGAUGUAAUGGAGAGCCACAAUGAUUUAUCCUUGUACACCAUCUAUCAGAUGAUCAUAUCCCACACCCAGUAUCUUCCAUUAAUGUUCCAGAGGGAGGCUGAGUGGGAUAAAUUGAAAGAAAGUAUUGUUGAGUUGCAGCAAACAAUUAUUGAUCAUAAUAAAAGCAUAUGUCUGGAAGAGCAUGUUCCAGUGCUCUUAGGUGCCUAUGGAGCCUCUAUGUCUGCAGUGGACCAGAAAAUUUUAAGGUUACUACACAUCUACGAAGAAAUAGGUGCCAUGAAUAGAUACAACCCACUUCUAUGGGGAGAUGCAGCUGUUGCUCACUUUGGGUUAUUCACUUCUACAAAAACUUAUGAAGAACCAAAGAGCAACCAAAUUAUAGGCCUGUUGAAGGGUGACAAGAUGUUUAAGACCUGUUGUUCAUUUGAUGUCAAUCUACCCUUAGAGCCAGGUGAUGUGUAUGGAGAUGACAGGACUAUAUAUGACAUGCGUUUCCUUUUGCCUCUGAUGCUGCAUUUGUCUGAAGAUGAGAACUUGUUGGAAAUUGAUUUUGCUGAAAGUGGUGCAGUUGCUGUAGGAUUCACAUGUCUCUCCUCACACCAAAAAGAUAUAUGGGCUGCUGGUGCCACCAUUUUGAAGCGUGUUGUCGAUAAAAUGAACAAAUCUAGGCAUGUCCGAUUCAAGUUACCAUGGCAGUGGGUUAUCACAAUUGUCGUUAGUUCUUUUGAUGGGAAAGAGCUUCGUCUGCCUUCUGUGGUUUUGCAUUUCUUACUUCUUGCUACUCGAUUACUCUCCUGCCCCCAAGACCCCAUGUAUUUCAUCAUCCUGAAGUCUAUUUUCAUCAGACCUACUCUGGACCUCGUUAGGGUUCCUCAGUUCAACAGGCUUUAUACUUCAGAAGAUGUGUUCGACAACAGAGUACACAUGCUUUUUCUACUUAACUUCCUUUCAACGGGUGUACGUUUCCCAGAAGACUUCUAUAUAUGUGACAAGACAGCAGCAACUCCUACCUUGAUAAUAUCAUUACUUCAGUCUCCAACAGCUGAUUAUGAAAUUAGGGAACAAACACUGAAAGUUUUGGAAUCCAUUGUGAGCAUCCCAGUUGGAGCACAUGAUUUGGUCAAUAAAUAUCAUAUACUAAUGAUGUUACCAAUGGCAUUGAAAUUAACAUCAAGUCAAUCAGUUGAGGAUGAUGACUGCGUUAGUGCUGGACUGGCUUCUGUCACUGCUGCUGUUGUCAGAGUUUUAGCUGCCAUUUGGUCUUCUAUGAUAACUGUCAAGGAUACAGUGACCUGUCUGAGUAACAGGCUUCUCUUGAAUCCCACUGUUAAGAGAAAAAGAGAUGAGGAUAAAGAUGGCAGCAGUGAUGCAUCAUCAUCAGAUGAUGAGGACAGUGAUGAAGGCCCUGCAUUAAAGAAGCUCAAGAGUGGUGAUAGCAGCAUUGACACAACAGAGAAAACCAGUGAAAGCAAGACUAAGGAGACAAAAACUAGCUCUGACAGUCAGGAAAACCGGGUUAAGAGACUCCAGCCUCUAUUUGUUGAAGACUACAUGAAUUGCUUAUUGUGUAUAGCCACAGAUGUCAUCAACUAUGCAUCACCUGAGUAUGCUGCCAAAUAUAUUGGGCUUGUGAGCUGUGCUUUGGAUCACCUGCUUAAAAGCUCAUUACGGGAAGUAGAGACACUACACACAGUUGCCCAGAACCCGGAUGUAGUGAAAGAAAGGGUAUAUUCAGCUUUCCCAUGGGAACCACUACAGAAAUGUUUAGAAGACACCUUGACAGAAUCCGAACUAGUGAGAAUACUUGGCAGCAGGGUUGAAGAAUGCAUGCAAGCAUGGAAAAAAGAGCCUCUAUCAGAACAGCUAAAGCAAAAACAAAAUGCCGAUUGCAAAUCAGAAAGUUCCCUGGAACAGAAAAAAUCAGCUCUUAACCUCCUGGAACUGAAAACAUCAGCUUUUAACCUCCUAAGUCUGUUAGGGAAAUGAGUGUGUUACAGGAGCAUCAAAGUAAUACCUUGGUGAUUUAUUUGAAGCUCAAAUAUAUUUUUGUACAAAAUUUUUCCAUGUUAAUAAAGCUAUGUUUUAUCCAAGAAGUUUCUUGUUCUGCAUGGACUUGUUUAUUUCAAAUAAACUGUUUAUAUAAC